GCCGCUCAGCUAGAGGAAGGAAACAGCUCCCAAGCCCCCAGGCAGAGGCCCCACAGAGAUGGAGCAGAAGGAAAGGAAGCCCUCUGAGGAUGGGACCACUGUCUUGCCAACUGCAGAGGCCCCAGGGACACUGGGAGGUGGAGCCUCUGCAAAGGAGGAGGCCAAAGGCACAGCUGAGAAGACGGCCAAAGAGGGGACCCCAGAUGGGGCAGGAAAGCCGGAAGGAGCACCAGCUGAGGAUGGCAGUUCUGCUGAAUUUGAGGGGGAGGCAAAUGGGUUGGGUGAGGGCGAGGUGGAAUGCAAAGGGGGGGCUGAACUUCAAAAGGAAGACCGUGGGAAGGAAGAGGCCACAGCGACUCCUCAGGGGAUGACUGACAGGAAAGAAGAGACCAAAUCUGAACCUAAGGAGGCUGAGGGAAAAGAGGAGACCACCCCAGCCUCUGAGAAGCAGAAGGCUGACGAGAAAGAGGCCAAGCCCGAAUCAAGGGCGAAAGCCGACGUGAAUGACGAGGCUGCUGGGGAGCAAGAGCCCGAGGCUGGAGCUAGGGAGGCUGAUGGGAAGGAGGCCACGACGGCCUCUCGGGAGGAGAGUGACAAGACGGAGGAGCCCAAGGCUGAAGCCCAGGAGAAAGCCCAUGCCCCAGAGGCCAGGGCGCACUCUCAGAAGAAGCCUGCUGCGGAAGAUGAGGCCAAGGCUGAACCACAGGAGGCUGACGAGGAGCAGGUGGAGCCAGGCAGUCCCAAUGAAGAGCAGGAAGUGGGUGAGGAGAGACAGUCGGAGGAAGGAGCAGGGGUGAUGCCCAGCUCCCCCGAGGAGUGGCCUGAGAGCCCCACGGAGGAGGGCCACAGCCCCAGCCCAGAUGAGUUGGGUCAAGACACCACAGCCUCUGGAGAGACCAGUCCUUCAGCCAGUGAGUCUUCACCCAGUGAUGUGCCCCAGAGUCCCACGGAGCCCCCUCCCUCACAGGAGAAGAAGAAGGAGAAGGCACCAGAGCGCAGGGUGUCAGCCCCUAUCCGGCCCCGGGGGCCCCGUGCACAGAACCGCAAAGCCAUCGUGGAGAAGUUUGGAGGGGCAGCCUCAGGCCCCACUGCCCUGUUCCGAAACACUACGGCAGCUGGGGCAGCCAUUGGCGGUGUUAAGAACAUGCUCCUGGAGUGGUGCCGGGCCAUGACAAAAAAAUAUGAACACGUGGACAUCCAGAACUUCUCCUCAAGCUGGAGCAGUGGCAUGGCCUUCUGCGCCCUCAUCCACAAGUUCUUCCCCGAUGCCUUUGACUACUCUGAGCUGGACCCCACGCAGCGCCGGCACAACUUCACCCUGGCCUUCUCCACGGCAGAGAAACUGGCCAACUGCGCCCAGCUGCUGGAGGUGGAGGACAUGGUACGGCUGGCGGUGCCUGACUCCAAGUGCGUCUACACCUACAUCCAGGAGCUGUACCGCAGCCUCGUGCAGAAGGGACUGGUGAAGACCAAGAAGAAAUGAGGAGGGACUGACCCUGUGGGCAGAGGUGGGCAGGGUGCCCAGCCGACCAGCCGUGGCCAGAGGCUCACUUCCUCCGUUCCACGGAGGCAGCAGAGCCAGGCUUGGGCAAGGGCAGUGGCACCAGUCUUAACUGCAUUAAAAGUACUUUUGUAAAAUCC